AUGCCUCAAUUUGGUAGCUACGUCGCGAUGGGCUCGAAGAUAUAUGUGUUCAACAAUAUGACAUCAUUAAGCAUCGACUGUAUAUCUCACACAGCGCAACCCCUCCCGAGCAUGCCUGUGGUCAUGGAGGUUACCAUGGCUGACAUGAUCGACGGGAGAAUCUACGUGAUUGGGUACAAAUCAACUCGAAGAAGAGUGAUGGUUGUGUUCAAUACAGAAACACAAACAUGGGAGCCUGAGACGAUAAAGAUUGACACUGAGGUUAACAUGUGGAUGUGUGAAUGUGUGGUGAUGGGUGGUAAGAUGUACUUUAGGGAUCGUAGAAGAAUAGCAUUGUUUACGAGCCAAAGGGAAAACAAGUUAAGAGCGUAUGAUUCAGAGAAGAAGUGUUGGGGAGUGGUGAAGGGUGUUGAGGAAUUGUUGGCUAUGGAGAAGGUUCUGGGUGGUGGAGACUGCGAGUUACGGUGGGAAACUUUUUUUGUUCCGUGA